GUGGCUUUUAAACACAUUUUCUGUUUUUGGUCAAAACCAAUAACUAUUGUCCAAAACGAAAAUCGGAACUAGGUAUCGAUUAGGUUAAAAAAUGUAACGCAAUUUACGGUGCCUGGCCUAUACAUCUCGUGCGAAUGAGCCUUAAUCCCCGGUUGCCGUUAUUGUUGACUUGUUUCCCUGGAGACAACCACAACAAACAUCGCCAUCUGGUUUGUGUGGACAUAGUGACCGGUGCGGACUUUUAAAAAUAUUUAAAUUAAUUAUUUUGGUGGGAACUUAGAACUCGACGAGAUGGACUUGCUUUUGGAUAAAUUACAAAAUAACUCGGAAAACGAAGACGACGACUACGGAAGUUACUUUCUGCAGCCCGCAUCGUCACCUUACAACAUUGCGGAAAAAGUUCAGCAGGCCAAUAUUGAUUUGUUCAGUAACACCUUAACCACCAUGGAGAAGACUUCUCGAGUUACGUUUAAAGAAGAAUUAACUUCUUACGAACCCGAGCUUUUUUUAACAGACGACGACGUCAACAGUCUUGAGAGUGACCCCCCCGAGACGACAGAACUCGUAGAAAACUCGCAAAUCCUGGAAUACAAAAGCUCAAAUGUAAUUAAUUUAAAUAUUUUUGACAUCAGCGAGGAAGAGGAGGAAGUCGAAGACGUGAUCGACGAAAUAGUAACCGAAGAAUGUGAAGUAGAAGACCUCGACAAUAAUUCUUUCCACGAUCAACUCGACGAGUCCGAAGAAUCAAGAAACGACAACGUCACGGUGCGAAUUUCCUCCGGAGGCAGCGAAACCAAAUCCAGCGUCAGAAAGAAGAAAGUCAGAAAAAGAUCUCCUUUACCGAAGUCGUCAAAAAUCAGCCACAUCCCAGUGGAAUGCAAGAACCACUGCAUCGAGCGCCUAGACUUCGACAUGUCCAUGUCGAUCAAAAAAUUAGAAAUCCGCGAAAAACCAGUAAAGUGCCCUUUACUAAAGCUCCAGACAAGAAAAUGCUGCGACGAAAACAAAGCAAGAAACCCCACAAACUUACCCUGUUACAACGGUUUCCGAUCUGAGUACGGUUUGAGUUCCGCUGAGCUCGAAAGGCGCGAACGUCGCAGACAAAUCAUUAAAAUGAAAGAACAAAAACGACAACAGUUACUAAAAGAAUACAAAAACCGAAAGAAUCAGCAAAACGAAGAGGUGUUUUGUCAGUGGCUGAAAGACGUGGCGAGGAGAAAAGCCCAGAAGCAGAAAAUCAAUACAAAUAAUAGUGCGAAGCAGUGUUUCAGUCCUAACGUGAUUAGCUUCCCGGUCUGCGAAAAAAUGGGCGAAAGACCCAGAACUGCUAGCGAAUUCGUUCCGCGCCAGAAUAUAAAGAGAACUAGAAGACCGCACACUUCCUCGGCUUGCGUUUUCAUCGAAGUCCCGCAAAAGCUACUAGAACGUGGAAUCAAUAUCGGGGAUUUGUUGGUUAACAAUUCCAGUUUUGCGGCGAAGAAGAUGCACAUUGUGACGGUGUCUUCGUAAGCUUUUAAUCUUUUUCUUCCAGUUUUUAUAGCA